AAACAACAAUGCCUCAUAAUGGCAACAUUGUUCGUUGCCAUUUUGCUUGAUCAACAGACAGCCAACAGCAGCCCAAUAACAAUAACAAAAAUAUUGGCUGGUAAAAAAAAAUUCAAAACAUAUUCGUUGGGCAUAUCAUUUCUACCGACAUUGGUGAAAGUUAAACCAAAUAAACUGCAUUUAACCAUUCGCCAGAAUCAAUAUGUUCGUCCCAAAAAAUUCAAAAUGGAUGGAUCAUUACCGUUGAAAGUUCCUACAAUCGUAACACCUAAACGUAACCCGUAUGCAGGGCCGCCAAAAGAUGUUGUUAUCAAUGCUGAUAUUGCAUUGGGACCGGAUGGUUAUCGUCAAAAAUCUAAUUAUGGUUAUGCGUCAUCCGCAGCAUCAGAAUCGCAACCGAUUAUCGAAUCAUCGCCACAAUCACCGUAUCCAUCCCGACCUCCAUUAGAAAUACCAUUGCCGAUGCCGAUGGAAAAUCCUCAACCCAACCUUGUACAAUUUGAUGAUCAAGAAAUGGUUGGUCAACCACGUUUACCGCCACCAAUCGAUCCAAAUGAGCAAAAAUUAUUACUUCAGCAUGCUAACAUGCAACAAGUGUCAGCCGGAUCAUUUGAUCCAUCAGAAUUAAUGUUAGCACCUCCACCACAACAACAACCACCCCCACCUUCUCCAUUGCCACCAUUGCCAGCCAAAUUUCCAAUGGAAAUACCACAUUUACCUCUUCCAAAUGAAUACAAAUUUCAAGGAAUGUCCAAACAACCCAACGAUGAUCAACCAAUGGAAAUUCGACGGAGUUCAUCAUCAUCAUCACCAUCAAAUCUACCUGAACCAUAUCAUCAUCAUCUUAUUGAUCAACAUUCUUCAAUAUUACCACCACCACCAAUGCUAUUUCCGCCUCCACCGCCACCACCGCUGAUGAUGGCUCCAAUACAUCGGCCACCUAUGCUUCAACGACGUAUACCAUGGGGACCACCACGUCCUGAUCAACGUAUGUUCCACGAUUCUUCAUCGAAACAAAGAGAUUCACCAAUUUCCCGACAGAUGGCAAUCGAAUUAACCGAUAUAACAUCCGCCGAUAAUGAUCAAUCAGGAUUUUCCAAUCAACAGCAACUAAAUCAAGAAGAACAUCGACCAAUGAAAAUCAAUAUCGGUGAACAUUAUGAUCCCAACAUGAUUUAUGUGGAUGAUCAAACAAUACCAUCACAAUCGCAAAUCGAUGAAGUAACAAACGAUCCUGUCCCAUUGAAUGAUGAUGAUGUCGAUGAUAUGAUGGAUCGAAAUCCAUUAGCAUCCAGUUCGCAUCCACAACAACAUGACGGUUUCAUGUCCGGCGAUGAUCAAGCAAUGGCUGAAUCUUCCAUACAGUACGUUAAAAAGUAUGGCAAUAAAAGAUAUAAAAAGAAAAAAUAUGGUGACGAUGGUCCCGAUGAUUUUCGCAUUGAAUUCAAUCUGAGUGGACCACACGGUGCACCAUUAGUACCAUAUGGUUAUGGUGAUGAUCAAGAUCAAUUGAAUAAACAAUUGAACCAAAUUCAACAAUACAUUCCGGUUGGACCACAUGCUAAAUCCAUUUAUAAUUAUUAUCUCAGACAUACCUUUACCGAACCAAUUCGGCCAUGGCCAUACUCCUAUGCACGAGUAAAAAAAUUACGAAAAUUGAUACCGCCAAGACAACGUAAACCAAUGCCACCAUUGCAUCUUAUGUAAUUAGUCGUAAUUAAUUGAUUUUACUUGCUUCUCAAAUUCAUCAUCCUGUCUAUUUGUGAUCAUUUUAUUCAUUUUUCUCAAUUAUAGCCAAUUUUAUCUGUAGAAAUUCUCAUUAAAAAUUCGAAUUUUUUAAAUAAAAAACCAAAAUCGAA